AUGACUUCCAACGAUGAGAGUCCUCGCGAUUCGGAGCUUGAAAGUAGAGAUGAUCUCGGCUCUUCGAACGUUACGCCUUUCAGCAUGACUGACAAACGACAGAGAAAGAAAAAGUCUACGGCGUAUAUUGAUGAUCUCGUUGCUGAGAAUGAGCGCCUCCGUAAUCAAAAUGCAGACCCCAAACCUCAUCCCGAGACGACUAUAUCAGACGUGGCCAUACCUUCUACCAACCAAAUAGAGGCACCCUCAACAUUGCAGGGCACCUUGUUAGAAGAAAGGCCCUGGUUCUUUGACAUGAAUGUUCUUCAUACCCCUGUGCUCAUCGGCGAAGCUUCCGAUGCUGCCUUUGCAACUCGCUUUCGGCAAGCCAUCUCCGAGCCGGGACAUAGCCACAUACCGAGAGUCAACUACGCUCCAGACGAGACAUUGCUUGCUCUUUCAGAUGAAGAUUGUCCGUGGCCCAUACCAUCCCGGGCACGACUUCUCGUAAACGUUGCGUUAAAGUACGUUAGCAGGAGCUAUUACAUUGUACGCAAGAGUCAGAUAUUGGAAGGACUUGAACAGACAAUUCUGAACCCUCACUCUACAGAUUCACUCCUAAAGAGCAAAUUGUGGGUUCUUUUUGCUAUUGGAGAGAUGUACUCGACUAGGACAGCGGCAAAGGACAGGAACUUUCCUGGUAUGGCUUACUUUGCCAGGGCCACAAGGAUACUUCGUAUUAUUAGUGAAAGACCACGGAUUGAUGCCAUCGAAAUUCGCCUGCUUCUUUCUUUUUACUCGCUCGCCCUGAAUCGCCGCUACACUGCCUACGCUCUAGCAGGCUCAUCCGUUCGACUCAGCGUAGUGAUGGGUCUAAAUCUGAACGUGCCAGAAUCACAGCUCCGCGAUGCCGGUGCUCGAGAACACAGGAAUCGCGUAUGGUGGACAGCCUACAGCUUCGAUCGCAUGUGGGCAUCCAGACUCGGUCAUCCUGUAGCUAUACGCGAGGAUGAAAUACAAGUUGACUUGCCGACCGAUCCGGUUCUUGAGAUACCUUCAGAUGAUUUUGGAGACUCGUCGUAUUUCAUCGCCAGUAUACGACUUGCAAGCCUAGCUGCGAAGGUAAUUAAUUCGAUCUACACGAGGAGGCCACAGCAGAAGACCCUCUCGCAAAGGGUACAAGAAGCACUAAAAGAUUUGAGGGCUUUUGUGGAGGAGUUACCGGCACAUCUUCACAUUGAACCUACUGAUGCCCCUGAACCAAGUCCCAAGCCUUUGUCAUUGCAUCUAUACUUUAACCAAGUUGCCAUCACGGCUACCCGACCUAUUCUUCUUCAUGUCCUACGAACCCACGUAGCGGCAUGGAACACGCAACCACGUACCGAGCCUCAAAUUCCAGUCUCGGCAAUGACACUCUCAGAAGCCUGCGUCCGCUGCGCCCGACACUCAUGCCGGCUACUGAUCGAAUGCUGGAUUGACGGUUCUUUUGCAACCUUUGACUACUUCUACACGCAAUAUCUCUUCGCAGCAGCAACAGUGCUUGCAAUAUCGAGCCUCAUCGAUGGCAAAGAGUCACGUAGCGACAAGGAGCAAUUCGAAUCAGCCGCACAAUUCCUUGCCCAACUCAAAGAGAAUGGAAACUUUGCAGCAGAGGAAUUUUGUAGACAUAUUGAUGCGAUGAAAGUUUGCAUGGUGACGCGGCAGGGACAGUUCGCGCCAGACGCUGUGAUUCAACAGUUUGACGGGAUUGAUGUAGGAGGGUUUUCCAACCCGACGGCCGGGAUGGCUCUGUCGGAACCUUCAUUGCAGGAGCUCUUGUCGCAACCGGUAUUGGACUUGCAAUUUAUUGAUGCAUCAAUGUAUCAAGAUGGAGCGCAAGGGCUGUAUUGGCCCGAUAUAAGCCCUGAGAGUUGGACCACCAAUGGCUGGACGCCGAGUGGAUAA